CGAUUGGCUCCUUCCUUCCCCCGCAACGUCACGAGGACGACAUAAAGCAUGAACCAGCAAGCAGAACUUUCUCACUCGAGGGACAAGCCUCUGAAGACCGCCAAGAUGAAAGUCCAGGACAUGUCAUUCAAGGUAGGGCAGGAGUUUAAAGUCCGAGUCAAACCCAACGAUGACUGCGCCAGCUUUGCACUCAACAUCGGCCAUGAUUCCGAGAACAUUGCGAUGCACUUCAACCCCCGCUUCGACGCCGCGGGAGACCAGAACACCGUCGUCUGCAAUUCCAAGUCCGGGGGGAGCUGGGGUGAAGAGGAACGAGACAUGAACUUCCCCUUUGUGCGUGGAGAGGAGUGCAAGUUUUACAUCAACUUCAACAUGGAGCAGUUUUACAUCAAACUUCCCGACGGCAGCAUGAUGAACUUCCCCAACCGUCUGGGAGACGUCAAGUACAAGUUCUUCGACGUCACUGGCGACGCAAGGAUCGUGGGGAUCAAGAUCCAGUAGAGGAUGAACUCCUCUCAACAUCUUCUGAUCUGCCGGUUGGAGAAAUGAUCCGUUUCAGAGUCGCUGAGUCCGGCCGGUGUACUUCCGAUUGCUUGCUGAGAAACAACUGUGUUGCAAUGACGAGAAAAGGUCUGCAGAUGGCGCCAGAUCAUAUCUUAUUUCACGGCUUUCCCCCUUACGGCUCGUCAGUAAAUCGCCUGGUUUCUUCAAUAAAACCUAAAAAAGGACAAGUUUGACUUUCUUUUUGCUUCACUUAAAAUUUUAAUGUACACUCAUAAUUAAAACAUUAUUACAGGUUAUCUAAUCACAAUUGUACACAAAGUUCACAGGAUAUCUGACAUAUUUACAAUGUAAAGGCAGAUAAAUUUGCUGGCAACCCUGAAAGAAAUGCGUAAUGAAAACCCUGCUCAAUAGCA